UGGGGCAAGCUUGGGCUGGGGUCUGUCUGCAAGUCCCCACCUCCAAUUUGCUGGAGGGGAGAACUCUAGCUCUACCCAAAAGAGGUGGGGUCUGCCGGAAAGUGUACGUUAAGACGAGAAACUCGCGGGGUAAGACUGGGGAUAGGGACAGGACAGCAGAGAGAGGAGAGAUGAGGGACACGGGGAAUCGGGGGGGAUGAGAGCAAGCAGGAACCUGAGAGCGACAGAGAGCCUGGGGAGACCAGAGACCGAGGAAAGUCCCCGAGACCAAGCCUGGAAGGGAGCGUGCGGGGCCGGGGCGGCGACAGGAGGGCCAUCCUGGCUGGCACAGCUGGCACCCCAGCUCACAGGUCCCUCAGUCCGGAAACUCAAAGUCAGUUACGUAAGGGCCGGGGCCAGGAGCGGGGUUCUAGGCCCGGGGGGCCCCCCUCCCGCUGAGCGCCGCCCGCCCUCCCGCUCCGGCCAGCGCUGCGGCGGGCCGGGCAGGAGCAAGCGGGCCGGACAGGGCGGGGCUGGGGUGGGGGGGGGGUACCUGGGGCCGCAGCACUCUGCAGAGACCCGCCCGCGGAGACCUUACCCGGGACCCCCCGCCCCAGGCAGGCCGGGACCGCGCGGGACCGCCAACCGCAGGCGUCCAGCCCCGGACCGAGCUCCCGGACCCCUCUCCUCUCGCCCGCGCCCCUCCCCGCACCCUAAACUUCGAGACGUCCAGGCCCCUGUGGACCCCAGUUCUGGGGCCGGGACCCCGAGAGCCCUCCUCCCCUGACCCUUAGACCGUGGCCUCGCCCCUACCGGGACGGCACGGGCCCUUGGGGGUGGGUCCAUCUGUCCCUCACCCCGUCCCUCCCGGGGACCCGGGAUCGCCCCUGGACAGU